AGAUCGUUAGUGUGAGGUGCGACUCACUAGGUGAGGCUGUUUGUUCGAUGUUCGUAUGUUGAAUGUCAUUCUGUGGCACAGGCUUUACAGCAAAAUUUAUAUUUAUGUUCCUAUGCCAUAGCAUUAUUCGAAUUGUUUAUAGUUUUCAGUAAAUGUUCUUGAUUUGUCAAAACAUCUAUGAAAGAAAAAGUUUUUUAAAUUUCAGACUGUGAAUGUAUAUGUGAGAAAGGUUUUUGGGUAGUAACUUUGAAAUUGUAAAGUGCUUUUGAUACAAUGGACGAUCCAGGAAGAAUGAUGGGUGGUGGGCUGAUGCCUCAGCCUUACGGAAUGAAUCCUCAAGGUGAUGUCUCGUCGGGUGGUGAAAACGAUCAACCCAGGAAACAAGAUAUUGGUGAGAUUCUUCAACAAAUCAUGAACAUUACUGAUCAAAGUUUGGAUGAAGCACAAGCUAGAAAACACACUUUAAACUGUCACCGUAUGAAGCCAGCAUUAUUUUCUGUGCUUUGUGAAAUCAAAGAAAAAACUGUAUUAUCUCUGAGAAAUACGCAAGAAGAAGAACCUCCAGAUCCCCAACUGAUGAGACUGGAUAAUAUGCUCAUUGCAGAAGGUGUAGCGGGGCCUGAAAAAGGUGGUGGGGGAAUGCUGGCCUCCCUAUCUAUUGCAGCUGCGCAGGCCGGCCAACCGGACAAUGCUAUUGAACAUUCUGACUACAGAGCAAAGUUAGCUCAAAUUCGUCAGAUUUAUCAUCAAGAGUUAGAGAAAUACGAACAAGCAUGUAAUGAAUUUACGACACACGUUAUGAAUCUCCUGAGAGAGCAGAGUCGUACUCGUCCCAUUACACCAAAGGAAAUCGAAAGAAUGGUGCAAAUCAUACACAAAAAAUUCAGUUCUAUUCAGAUGCAACUCAAGCAGUCUACUUGUGAAGCAGUAAUGAUUCUCAGGUCUAGAUUUUUGGAUGCAAGAAGGAAGAGACGUAAUUUCAGUAAACAGGCUUCAGAGAUUCUCAAUGAAUACUUUUACUCUCAUUUGUCUAAUCCAUAUCCCAGUGAAGAAGCGAAAGAAGAGCUUGCAAGGAAAUGUGGCAUAACAGUCAGUCAGGUAUCAAAUUGGUUUGGAAAUAAAAGGAUUAGAUAUAAAAAGAACAUUGGCAAGGCCCAAGAGGAAGCAAAUCUAUAUGCGGCUAAAAAAGCAGCUGGUGCAUCGCCUUACAGCGGUACAGCAACACCCAUGAUGUCUCCUGCACCUCCUCAAGAUUCUAUGGGGUAUUCUAUGGGCUCAGCAUACGAUCAAGGUUCGGCAUAUGAUGCAAGCAGUUGUGGAUAUGACCCAAUGCAUGCUCAAGACCUGUCUCCUUGAACGGUGUUGAUGAAAUAAAAUUACGAGUAACACUUGUAUACCAUUUAAAAGUAUACCAGUUUAUUAUAAGUAUUGUCGUACUAUUGUGUCUGAUUUUACCUACUAGGGGUUAGGCAGCUUUAUGGACUUUUCUCAUGCCUAGUACUUUUUUUAUUUAAGAUUUCAAAAAUCAUAUUUAUAUUGUGAACUUUAACAUAGAAUAAGUAUCUUGUAUUUUACAAUAGAAAAUAAAUAAUCUUCAAAGUA